UUUCGGGGAGGGACUUCCGGCGUCUACUUGGCGGCCAUUUUGGUUGCUGUGGAGUCUGUUGGCCACGUGAGAAGGUCGCGUGUCCCUUGAGGGGAGCGAGGUGACGGGCUGGAAGGCGCAGGAGGAGGUUGUGUGCGCGCUGCACGGGGGCGGGUGUGAGGGUCGGGGACACCGCUGCCUGCGAGGAGUGUCGGUGCCGAGCCGACCCGGUCACUCGUCUGCGGCCACUCUGCUCCGCGCAGAGGCUCGGAUGGCGGCGGCUGCGCUGAGGGUCGGGGCUCAGCAGGACAGUGUGACCUUUGAGGAUGUGGCUGUGUACUUCUCCCGGGAGGAAUGGUGUCUGCUUGAUGAGGUUCAGAUAUGUCUGUACCUUGAUGUCAUGCUGGAGAACUUUGCCCUUGUAUCCAUGCUGGGUUCUUGUCAUGGAGUUGAGGAUGAACAGCCACCUUGUGAACAGAGCUCACCUGUAGGAGUGUCACAGAUCAGGACUUCUGGGGCAGGUGUGUCUCCUGAGAAGGGCCAGCCAUGUAAGAUGUGUGUCCAAGUCUUGAGAGACAUCCUGCACUUGGCUGAACACCAGGGAACACAUAGAGGGCAGAAAUCAUACACACGUGGGACAUAUGGGAAGCAGUUCUAUUUCACUGUAGACCUUCAACAGCCCCAGAGGCAGCACAUUAGAGAGAAACACUUCAGAUGUGAUGUGGGGGGACCCUCAUUUUUGAAGAGUUGCACAGUCAAUGCAUCAGGGAACCUCUUUACCUACAGGAAGAUUGGGAAGGAUUUUCUGGCUAACAUGGGGCUUCAGCAACAGGCUGCUAAUCCUAGUAAGAAACUAAACAGUGACAAAUGUGGAGCUGUUUUUCGCAGUAGAAAAAGUCAUCUCAGCAUCAGAGAAUGCAAGAAGGCCUCCAGCCACAGAGACAUACUUGUUCAGGAUAAAAGAGUGUUCAGUAGUGAAGGGCUUUGUUUGUGCAACAAAUGUGGGAAAACCUGCACUGAAAGAUGUAAACUUACUCAGCACCGGAAAGUUCACACUGGACAAAGCCCUUAUGAAUGCAGAGACUGUGGAAUAUCCUUUAUCCAAGGCCACCGCCUUAGUGCCUAUGGGCAAAUCCACACUGGAGAAAAGCCUUUUGAGUGCAGUGAAUGUGGGAAGUCCUUCUGUCGAAGGGAAUACCUCGAUGACCAUAGGAAAAUUCACGUGGGAGUAAAGCCUUAUGAGUGCAAGUAUUGUGAUAAAUCUUUUUUUCGAAGGUGCCAAUUAGUUCGACAUCAGAGAGUUCACACUGGAGAAAGGCCUUUUAAGUGCAAUGAAUGUGGAAAAUCCUUUAGGCAAAGCAGCCACCUCAGUUUCCAUAGGAAAAUGCACACUGGAAAAAAGGCUUUUGAGUGCAAUGAAUGUGGGAAAUCUUUUUAUGAUAGGUCUGGUUUUCGUCAUCAUCAGAGAGCUCACACUGGAGAAAGGUCUUAUAAGUGCAAUAAAUGUGAGAAAGCUUAUAUUUGGCGUUCUAGCCUCCGUGUUCAUCAGAGAGUUCACACUGGAGAAAGGCCUUUUAAGUGCAAUGAAUGUGGGAAAUCCUUUAGCCAAAGCAACCACCUCAGUUUCCAUAGGAGAAUGCACACUGGAGAAAAGCCUUUUAAGUGCAGUGAAUGUGGGAAAUCUUUUAAUGAUAAGUCUAACUUUCGUUAUCAUCAGAGAGUUCACACUGGAGAAAGGUCUUACAAGUGCAGUGAAUGUGGCAAAUCUUAUAUUAGGAGUUCUGGUCUCCGUGUUCAUCAGAGAGUUCACACUGGAGAAAGGCCUUUUAAGUGUAGUGAUUGUGGGAAAUCUUUUAUGGUUUGGUCGGGCCUUCGUUACCAUCAGAGAGUUCACAGUGGAGAAAAGCCUUAUGAGUGCAGUCAGUGUGGGAAAUCUUUUACUGCUCGAUCUAGCCUGUGUUAUCAUCAGAGAGUUCACACUGCAGGAAAGCCUUCUGAGUCCAGGGAAUGUGGGAAAUCUUCUACUGAUAGGUCUGGCCUCCUUUAUCAUCAGAGUUCAGAGUGGAGAAAGGCCUUAUGAGUGCAAGGAAUGUGAUGUCUUUUAUCCAAAAGAGCCAUUUGCUUUGACAUAACAAAGUUCACAAUGGAAAAAGGGCCUUACGAAUGCAGUAGAUGAGAACCACACUGGGAGUGUAGGAGUUUGAGGUGAUAAGAGGUUGGGAGGAUGCAUCUGCAUUAGGCCUGCAGCCAAGAGACCAUUUCUAGGGAGGAAACUGAGGCCCAAGGAGGGUGUGUCAUCUUGUAAGCUCCCAGCUUGGACAGGGAUUUAGGAUUCAGUGCCAGGCUGCCUGGUUCAGGGCAUGUAAAACAGUAAGAUUAAACCAUUACCUCAUAACAUAUACAAAAAUAAACUCAAAAUGAGUUAAAGAAAUAUGUAAGACCUGAAACCAGAAAAUGCCUAGAAGACAAUAUAGGUAGAACACUCUUUGACAUAAAUUGUAGCAGUAUUUUGGGGGGAUCUGUUUCCUAACACAGAAUAAAUAAAAGCAAAAAUAAACAAAUGGUGGGACCUGAUUAAAUUUAAAACCUUUUAGACAGCAAAGAAAACCAUUGACAAAAUGAAAAGACAACCUUUGGAAUGAAAAAAUAUUUGGAAGUAAUAUGACUAACAAGUGGUUAAUAUCCUAAAUAUAUGAACAGCUCAUGCUACUCAAUAUAUAAAAAACCCAAACAAUCCGACCAGAAAAUAGAAGUACUGAAUAACCAUUAUUCCAGAGAAGCCAUAUAGCUGGCUCACGGGCAUAUGAAAAGAUGGUCAACAAUGCUAAUUAUUAGAGAAAUGCAAUCCGAGUAACCCAGAGAUAUCUCCUGCCAACUGUAAGAAUGGCAGUCAGCAAAGAGUCUACAAAUAACAAAUGUUGGUGAGGAUGUAGAGAAUAGAAAACCCUUAUACACUGUUGGUGGGAAUGUAAAUUUGUGUAGCCACUAUGGGAAACAGUUUGGAAGUUCUUCAGAAAACUAUAAUUAGAACUAACUAUGAUCCAGCAAUUCCACCCCUGGAUACUUAUCUAGAAAAUAGGAAAAUACAAAUCCAAGAUCUAUGCACCCUGAAGUUCACAGCAGCCCUGUUUACAGUGGUUAUGAUAUGAGGACAAACCAAAUGCCCGUCAGCAUACGAGUGGAUAAAGGAGAUGUGAGGCAUAUACACACGGACGUGACUCAGCUGUAGGAAGGAUGAAAUUCUGCCACUUGCAGCAACUUCCAUAAAACUGGGGAAUAUUAUACCUCGUGAAAUAAUGUCACACAGAAACAAAUACUCUGUGAUAACACUUAUAUUUGGAAUCCAGAUAUACUAAGAAUGAACAUAUAUGCAAAAUAGAAAAAAAAGCUUGCAGUUACAGAAAACAAACUAGUGGUUACCAGAGGGAAGAGGGGGGUGAGGUCAAAUGGGGACAUGGAAUUAAAGAGACUUUCUUAAAUAUUCACUUUUGAAUGUAUUUCUACUAAUAUAUAUCCAUGCGAAAUACCUACAAAAUACCUUAAAAUUUUACCCAUAAGUAUGUUUUUCAUAAAAUUAUACUAAUAUUAUGAAAUUAAUAAGUAUGUUAUGUAAGUGGGAAGGAUUUGACCAAAGAAAAGAAAUUGAAUGGAAAGGAAUUUAAGUAAGCAUCGUAUCAUUUUCAUUUUGGAGAAUAAACCCAACUCCAUCUGGAUUUGAUUUAAAAUAUAAGUAUAUUCUAUCUAUGUAUAUCCUAUGGAAUGGGAGAAAAAACUGCAAACAAGGUGACAAGGAUGUAAUUACAAACAUUUUGAUACAGCUCAUAGAACUCUAUAACAAAGAAAUAACCCAAUAAAACAAUGGGCAGGAAACCGAAAUAGAUAUUACUCCAGAGAAGACAUACUGAUGGCCAACAGGCAGAUGAAAACGUUUAAUGUCUCUAGUUAUCAGAGAAAUGUAAAUCAAACAACAAUGAGGUGUCACCUCAGACCAGACAGAAUGGCCACCCUUAAAAAGUCCACAAAUGAUAAAUACUGGAGAGCGUAUGGAGAAAAGGGAACCUUCCUACACUGUUGGUUGGAGUGUAAUUUGGUGCAGCCACUAUGGAAAACAGUAUACAGAUCCCUUAAAAAGUAAAAAUAGAGUUAGCAUAUCCAGCAAUCCCAUUCCUGAGCAUAUAUCCAGAGAAAAUAAUUGGAAAAGAUACAUGGACCCUAAUUUUCAUAGAAGUACUGUUCACACUAGCCAAGACACGGAUGUAUCCUAAUUUUUCUUUGACAGAUAAAUGGAUGAAGUCAGAGUGUAUAUAUACAAUGGAAUACUACUUAGCCAUAAGAAAGAACAAUAUAAUGCCAUUAGCAAUGUGGAUGGACCAAGAGAUCACCAUACUAAGUGAAGUAGAUCCAACAAAGACACAUAUAUCACUUCUAUGUGGAAUCUAAAAAAAGAAAAUGAUACAAAUGAACAUAUUUACAAAACAGAAACAGACUCUCAGACAUAGAGAACAAACUUAUGGUUACCAAAAGGGAAAGUAGGAUGAGGGAUAAAUAAGGAGUUUAGAGUUAACAGAUACCCACUACUAUACAUAAAAUAGAUAAACAAGGUCCUGCUGUGUAGAUCAGGGAACCAUAUUCGGUAUCUUGUAAUAACCUAUAAUGAAAAAGAAUAUUAAAAAGUAAUGUAUAUAUGUGUAGCUAAAUCACCAUGCUGUACACCGGCAACUAACAAAACAGUGUAAACUAUAUUUUGAUACAAAAAAAUCCUGUGUGGCACACAAGACUGCUCUGUUUUGAAGGAGACCUGUGUGUGGGCACUGUGUACAUCAGAUAAAAGCAUCUUCAAACAUAGAUGAAAAUGCAGAAAUGCAAGCUAAAGUAAUAAAAUGUGAGAUUGAACAACAUUGGAAGGAUCCAUAUUUACUUCAAGGAAGUUUCUUCCAGAAAUACAUGUGUAGUUAAGCAGUGGUCGGUGAAAUAAAUGUGGAUUAUUUUCAACUGGAUUAAAAAUGAAACGACUAUACCAGCCACCACUAUACUGACUUGCUAAUUUUCUGCUAUGGUCAUUUCAUGGGGAAGGAAGAAUAGCUGAGAUGUCAGUAAUGCGUUUGAAAAUGAUACAUGUUCAUAGUUGCAAUCUGAAAUGAUUGUUCACUCAAGAAACAUAAUGUGAGGGAGGGUAUAGUUCAAGUGGUAGAGUGUGUGCUUAGCUGGUCUAGAGAUCCUGGGUUCAAUCCUUAGUAUUUCCUCUAGAAAUAAGUAAAUAAUCCCCCCCCCUACACAAAAGAAAUAAAUAUUUUUUUAAACACUAUAGAACCACAGUAAGCAUUAUUGGAAUUAAUAACAAGGUUUAUGCUGCACAUACAUGUUAGACAAAAUAAUUAGAAAUCAACAGAUUUUUAUAUCUAUAAGCUUGCUUUUAAAUUAUAAAGGAGAUUAUCUUAAGUAAAGGUAAUUAAAAUUUUGCCCAGAAACACUAAAAUCAAAUAAUUGUAUAAUGUGACAAAAGCAGUAAUUCUAAUAGCCUCCAGUUUUUGUCUUCAAGGCAUUUACUUUAAAAUUUACAGAAAAGAAUUUCUUUUUCAUUGUAUAUCAGUAGUUACCAUUGCCUUAUCAAUUGUUUCUGUGCUGUAGAGGGAGAGGGCAGGGAGCAUCGUUUCGGGAGAAGAAACCAGCUCUUCACACACAUGGAAGUCAUCCAGUGGAAACUGCAAGGCUGGGCAGGGGAAGCGUUGAUGCCAGUAUCCUGUGUGGUCCAUAGAUGUGAAAUGUCAUGUGUAACAAGAACAGAUCAUAGAACUAGCACAAUGAGUGAGAAUAAGAGCAAGGGAAAGGGUAAAAACUAGGAGUCUUUGAAAAGAAAUCAUAAUAUGAAUUUAAAUUAGAAAACAUGGGCCAAAGACAUGGUGUGAGAAUUAAGAGUUCCUUAAGCCACAGAGACCACUUUGCUGUGGUUGAACUGCAGCCCUUGAGAACUGAGGUAAUUCUCGGGUAUAGAUGGGUCAUAAUUUCCCCUGAUCACAGCGGUUCUGUGAUUUAAUUAAGUGUCCCUGCUGUCAAAGAUAGGUAGAUGAACUUGCUUGUCAAUGAGAGUCUCUGGUCAGAACAGUUUUGAAUCAUAACUUGGGCUGAGAACCUUCUUAGUAUACAAACCAAGUUUUGAUUCAAAACACUAUUGACCAAAACAACAACAAGAACCCACUAUUGACCAGAAACCCUGGGAUCAAUGUCCAGGACCUCCAUUAAAAUAAAAAAUUUUAAACCCUAAUUAACUCGCCCUCCCAAAAGAUAUUUUUUUUUUUUUAAAAAAAAAAAACCUUCUUACACAAAAUGAUGGUGUGGGUGGUGAGACGGGGAGACAGAUUCAAGAAUUUGAAGAAUAUGUGACAACAGCAAAGCAUUUUAAAAUGUAAUUCACUAACAGGCCGACUUUACAUUUGACAUUUUUUAAAGUCCCUGAGUAUUCCUUUAUAUAAUCCUUAGCAAUAUUUAUUUUAAUAAAGGAUGGAAUGCUUAUAAAUGGGAGAGAAAUACUUGUUUCUCUAAUUGGCUAAUUAAUGUAAAGAGCCACUGUUCUUGGGAGGGAGGUGGAGACUUCAUUACAGACUUCCUCCAGCCCAGCGUCUUUGCCACCGAAAGAAGCACGCAUCAGCACCUGACACUCGGUCACAAGGUGUGCUCGGGGGCUGGGAGGUCACUGUCAUCAUGUUACUGCUUACCACGUGCUUGUAUUGCAUGUGAAGUAUUGAAGAGUGAGGGCUGCUUGGUUCACGAUGUGUAUUCGGGGUUGUGGGGGAGAGAAAAUUACAGAGAAGGAAUAACCAGGAACAAAAAGGAAAGAUACUGAACAGUACCCAGGCUGGUGGACGGGAGUGAUUUUUCUCAGCAAACAUCUUUCCUUAAAUACAUGAGAUUUGUGAACACUCUUGAGCCCCAAAGCAGAAAUGCUUUACAGAUUGAUAGUCAUUUCUGGAUUUCUUCAGAUACAAUGCUUCUAAGAACAUUGCUUAUUGGGAGAGAAUUCCCAAUUACUUAGUUGAUUCUUGCUGUCUGUAUGGUGGUCCAGGGGCAGCAACCUAGCACAUUCAGGAGCUGAACCCUGAAAAAAAAAAGGGUUUGGGAUUCCAUCUCAUCUUGGAGUGACAGUGUCUACAUGGGGAGUGAAGAAUAUCUGUGAAAGACAUUUGUGAAUUUUGUACACUACCGAAAUCUCUUAAAAUAAUAAAGAGUUUCGCCACUUGUGGCAAAAGAAAAAAAAAAGCUGGGAAAGAAUGCCUGGGAAAUAGGAAAAUAAAAACGGUGUCACAGUGGGUGAGUAGAGGAAAUUGUUAUCUAUUAAGGACAGAAUGAAAUCAAGCAAAUGACCGUUGCAAUCAUAGCCAUCUUGAAGAUUUUGUCUCCAAUAGAUGAAUAGUUGGGUCCUGAAUCAAUCAGAAAGGAGAUAAAAGGGAUGAGUAGCAUUUGAAAAAGUACCUGAAGUGAUACAAAUGAACAGCACACUCUGCUGUCGUAUUUGUUCAGUGUCUCAACAUUUAUAGCAUGAAUCUUGUGGGUAAAGCACAGUUUAUUACAUGGGAUAUAUUCAGGCAGGAAACAAAAGGCAGUCGUUAUACACCUAUCAUUGUUGAUGGGUAGAGCACCUAAGUAACUUGAUUUCAUGGACUACUAGAAUGAGAUGCUCCUUCAAAAAAAAAAAAAAAAAAGUAGGACAGAGCUGAGGAAAAAUGGAGGUGUUUAGGAUGGGUGAAAGCGUAAAUAGGGUAUCCAGAAUCAGACUUAUGAAGAUGGACAGUUGUGGAAAUACUGAAAUGUGAUCAGAAGAGGACAGCUUUCCUUCCUCUUUCCAAUUGUUACGUAUUUUCUUAUUUAUUGUAGAUUGUACCUCUGGUAUACUAAGCACUGCCGAUGCAGAGAACAGCCAUCCUGCUUCUGUUCCUAUUCUCAGGAUUAUCUUUUAAUAAUGGGCUAUGAUGCAGGAUAUUUUGAGAGAUAUGCAUUUCAUAAAUUAAUAUUACAUAACUUCAGUACACUAAUCUCAGAAAAGACAUUUUGUUUUGCUACAAUACUAUGUACUUCUCGACCAAUUAUCCAAAGUGUCAUAUUCAUGUCCUUUAUAUCUGGUUUUCCCAGUCUGGGAUCAUGUACAGUAUAAUAAACAUCACUGACUUCUCUC